AUACCAAGCGCGUAAGCUAUAUAAAAGAUGAUGGAUCUCAGCCUCACUCAGAACAGAAUUGACACUGACCACUUUGGAAGUGGAUCCACUGGACUACUUCUCACCACACAGACAGACUAGAUAUGGGACUGAAUAGCGUUGAAAAACUGGUCACUGGUAAGAGGUGUGAGGGGAAGGGGGCAGGCGAGCACCUGUCAGGGGCGUGUUCAGAGAGUCUGUACGAGGCAGCCGUCAACCAGGAGAAGCAGGAUGGCCGGAGGUCACACAAAGACCUCAUCCCAGAGGAGAAUGAGAACAACACUCAGGAGGAGAUCACAGUUGUCAAUCUCAAUACAGACAAAUCAGGCCGGGUGAAGAUAGAGACCGUGGAUGACCUUUUCAACAUCUUGAAACUGAGGAAGAGGAGGAGGGAGAGGAAGGUGCAGAACAAGAAAGAACCUGAGCCAGAGAUCAUUCCCGACACAGUGGAUGAAGACACGUUCCUGAAAGCAGCAAUGGAGAAUAAGUUGCUUGUGAUUGAGAAGUACCUGUCAGGUGGAGGUGACCCCAACGUCAGUGAUCAUUUCCUAAGGACAGCGCUACACAAAGCCUCAUCUAAGGGCCAUGUGGAGGCUGUGAAGAGACUGCUGGAGGCUGGGGCUUCUAUUGAGAAGAAAGAUAGAUUGGACGCCACAGCAGUACACUGGGCCUGCAGGGGAGGCAGCCUGCCUACUCUGGAGCUGCUACUCAACGAAGGAGGGAGGUUCAACUCCAGAGACAAGCUGCGCAGCACUCCUCUCCACGUGGCAGUGAGGACUGGACAUUAUGAAUUAGCUGAGCACCUCAUCCAUUGUGGAGCAGAUGUCAACGCUAAAGACAGAGAUGGAGACACACCCAUGCACGAUGCUGUGAGGAUAAACCGAUUCAAAAUGAUCAGGCUGCUGAUGAUGUAUGGAGCCAGUCUUAAAACUAAGAACAGCGAAGGCAAGUUCCCUAGUGAGAUUCUUCUGGCUUGGCAGAGUGGUGCUAAAAACAUCCUGUGUAACGUCAACAAUGACAAAUCUGUCAAGUAGAGCAAUGACUGAGGUCUUGGGAAAAUCCACCCAAUGACUGAGGUCUUGGGGAAAUCCACCCAAUGACUGAGGUCUUGAGAAAAUCCACCCAAUGACUGAGGUCUUGGGGAAAUCCACCCAAUGACUGAGGUCUUGGGGAAAUCCACCCAAUGACUGAGGUCUUGGGGAAAUCCACCCAAUGACUGAGGUCUUGGGGAAAUCCACCCAAUGACUGAGGUCUUGGGGAAAUCCACCCAAUGACUGAGGUCUUGGGGAAAUCCACCCAAUGACUGAGGUCUUGGGGAAAUCCACCCAAUGACUGAGGUCUUGGGGAAAUCCACCCAAUGACUGAGGUCUUGGGGAAAUCCACCCAAUGACUGAGGUCUUGGGGAAAUCCACCCAAUGACUGAGGUUUUGGGAUAAUCCACCCAAUGACUGAGGUCUUGGGAAAAUCCACCCAUUCAUUCAGAUGAUCAUUAAUAUGUGAUACUGAUUGAUUUGUUGAAUGCUGAUAUUGCUGGCCAGUAUUAGGGCUGUAGCUUCCAUCCAUUUUGAUUUUGUUUACAGUGCUACAGUAUAUUUAGUUUGAACAUUUGUUGGAGGAAAUUAUAGUUGAAAUGAUUAAUUAUGUAUACAUUUCUUUAAGAACCAUUUAUUUUAAUACUAUUAUGUUAUGGUAUGAAAUGUAUGGGUUCUUGGUUAAGCUGUUACUGAAAAUGUAAGUAAAACAAAUUAAUUGUCUGUACCUUUCGGGUUUAAGGGAGAAAGGAGGGCAUAUAUCUUUUCAGACAGAUAAGAAUGUUUGUUUGAUGUUCCAUUAGUGGAGAAAAGUAUAUCUUUUAGACAGAUUGGAAUGUUUGUUUUAUGAGGGGAGUAGAAGACAUGUCCAGACCUGAAGACACUGCGCUAUUGUGGGGAUCGGAGAGAGUGUGUGAAACUGAUGACGUCAUUUUAUGUUCUCUCUAAAAUCAAAUGCUCUUUGUAUUUUGGGUCAGUACUCACUUGAAUUAAUCGCUAUUACCUGACUUUUAAGACUGGUCUCGAUCUAUUUCAUGCAUAAUUAAUACAUUUACAACUUAUUAAUGAAAUAGAGAGAGUGCGAAUUUGGUUUUGGCUACAAAACAUAUAGGAAUUUAGAAUUCCUCUAACAACAUUCAAAUAAGUUUUAACCAAAACUAGUUUCUGGUUACAUUCAGCUGUUUAAACACACAGACAGAAGUGAUAACAGUGAGCUGGUAAGGAAAGUUGUUGUUGGUUAAGAGGAUGUUUUGAACAGGAAAUCGUUUGAGUAAUAUUUUUGAUGUUUUUUAGAAGAGAUUCUGGAAUGCAAAGCAUCAAGAGAGCUCACUGAGUUUUUUAUGUAUUGUAAAGUUCAUCGGUAUAUUUUGCUUGUUAUUUAUUGUUCAAGUCAAUAAAACAAUCUUAUGUUUUA